ACAGGCAAAAACUAACACAUAAGGCAUAGUCUGAAGUGCUUAAGAAAGUAAUAGCCAUGGCAACCUCUGCAAUCCAACAAUCUGCAUUUGCUGGGCAGACGGCUUUGAAGCAAUCAAAUGAGCUUGUCCGCAAGGUCGGUUCCUUUGGAGGUGGUCGCAUCACCAUGCGCAGAACUGUCAAGAGUGCUCCCCAAAGCAUAUGGUAUGGCCCAGACCGCCCAAAGUACUUGGGUCCAUUCUCUGAGCAAACUCCAUCAUAUCUGACCGGUGAAUUCCCAGGUGAUUAUGGGUGGGAUACUGCUGGUUUAUCUGCAGACCCUGAGACAUUUGCCAAGAACCGUGAGCUUGAGGUGAUUCACUGCAGAUGGGCCAUGCUUGGAGCACUUGGUUGUGUCUUCCCUGAAAUACUUUCAAAGAAUGGUGUCAAGUUUGGAGAGGCAGUUUGGUUCAAGGCCGGAGCCCAAAUCUUCUCUGAGGGUGGUCUUGAUUACCUUGGCAACCCCAACCUCAUCCAUGCUCAGAGCAUCCUUGCAAUCUGGGCGGUCCAGGUUGUGCUCAUGGGAUUCGUCGAAGGGUACAGAGUUGGUGGAGGACCGCUUGGUGAAGGUCUUGACCCCAUUUACCCUGGCGGUGCCUUUGACCCUCUGGGAUUGGCCGAUGAUCCUGAUGCAUUUGCAGAGUUGAAGGUGAAAGAAAUCAAGAAUGGACGUUUGGCAAUGUUUUCCAUGUUUGGAUUCUUCGUUCAGGCUAUUGUCACUGGAAAGGGACCCAUAGAGAACUCUCUGAUCACCUUGCGGAUCCAGUGGCCAACAUGCAUGGGCCUACGCACUACUUUGUUC